GAUGAGCAGACGAGGAGGAGGAUGCAACCAGGCUACUAUGACGCACGCUGAUGGUCCGUGCUUGCCUGUGAUUGGUCCCGGCGAGUGCCGCUCACAGGAGCAGGGAGCCAGGCGCCGCUAGGAGAGCAGAUUAUGAAGCGGCGCUCCAGCAGCGGCAGUCUCCUCUCAUUGUCUCAAUGGCUGCACACGCAUUCCUCCUGUGCUCCAUCGCCUUGCUGUAUGCGCUCAGCCAGCCUGCUCUCGCUUUCUCUGAGGAAGAGCUAAAGCCAGGACUCACCUACGAUGAAGUGCCUGAACUCUUGGACAGAAGCAAAGAAAACCCCAACCACGCGACAAGAGUCACAUCAAGUCAAGAUGGCGAGUUCGGCUUAGAAAGUGAAGAGGUUGCUUUGACGCCUGAAGAUGAAAACCCACUCUUGAGAAUACUGCAGCCUUUCAAGUGGCAUCAUGCGGAAAUGUCUCACAGUAAGAGAAAACUGCUCCAGUCGCUGAUGGGACCUUAUGGCCCCCUGAGUGUGUCCUACAACGGGAAGACGUGCAUUCUGUUCAAGGCAAAGCGGCUGGCAAUCCGCUACAGGAACCACACCUUCAUUGAUCUAACUGAGAGAGUGUUCAAUUCCAACGCACCAGUGGACACCAAAGGAUCUAUUUGCACCAAAGAAAAGGCCACGCUUUCAUUAAAGUUUGGGGAUGUGGAGGACUUGCGAGGUCUUGUAAUCAGGCUUCAGAUGUCGAACACCUUCUACGAAGCAGCAGGUCAAAACUGGUUCACCCUCGACAGCGUGCACAUCCACUACAACUGGACCCAGGAGGCCACGUUCAAUGCCAGUGAGGUCUACGCUCCUGCUACGUCGUCCUACCACUGCCAGCACGUCAGCAGUCUGCACAAAUAUGACACACUGCUGGUGCCCAGCUCACACACUGACACGUCUGCCAACUGGCACAUUACCUUCACAGAUUUCCAGAUUCAAGCAUUCAACGUACAGUCGGACAAAUUCGCAUCAGCCAGUGACUGCGCCACGUUCCUGACACCGGCCAUCCUCAUGGGCUUGGUGACUUCUCUGAUCCUUCUCCUGGUCUUAGCCUAUGCCCUACAUAUGGUGGUUCACCUCAAGCACAUCGACCGCUACGAGGAACACAAGGCCACCGUUUACUUCCCCCGGAGUCCAGAGGCUGAGUUGCCGGACAAGAACAGCCUGUGAGAUAAAAGGACAAGUACAGGAGGAGGGACAGAGGAGAGCAUUGCUGAGGAGGCAGAGGAAAAAGUAUCCUCCAUAGAAUACUUCUUAAACAAAAUGCCUGUUCACAUGAAAACCGUGUAAAUCACUUAAGGAAAUGCAGGAUACGUUUUCCUUCUUUCCUCAUUACCUGUAUCUUGUAUUGAAUAAGUUCUCUGAAUGCUCAAGCCUCCACCAAGCUGACAGUUCUUGCUCCAACUGUCAAAAGUUGAGGACAGUUCAUGGGCCUUGAGGGCCACCGGCCGACCUUUACCCCAGCCAGCCUACCAACCUUUCACAGGCAAUGUGUCGCUAAUACAGCUAUCAUCAGAUGCUCCUGAAUAAUUGUACCUAGUACAUUGGUCAAGCUUCUGUCGCUCACCGUCUUUCCAGCUUUCUCUAAAGUAUAUUUUCUCUAACAGCUGCAAGUAAUAUAUCCUUUAAACAGUCAGUUUUAGCACUGAAAUAGUCGUAUUAGCUGCAUGCCAUAAAAAAGCAGGUCAAUAUGGGCUAGUGCAGUGUUUCCUGAUAAUCAGACCAACUCACAUGAAGUGCAGUUUAAAAUAAUAAUCAACAGAGGCACGAAUAGAAGGGGGUUGAGUUAGGAAAAUAGGGAAACGCUGGUCUAGCAUAUGGCUGGAGUAACUGGUCCUUCAGAGCCUACGGUCUCUCUCAUCCUAAACACUAACAAGACUGCUGCUUGGGAUUCAACUGUGAAAUGGCCUUUUAUAGACCAGUCAGACGAGGAAAUGGAGAGUUCUACAAACUAGCACAACAUUGGUUAGUGGCAAAAGCACUAACAAGAUGACUUUCAAAGACUAAACGAGGAACAAUGCUGCACAAGAUGGCCCGUCUUAGGGGGACACAUGAGUGAAACUCUUGGGGUGAGGUGGCUCUCUGAGAGGCAAGGGUUUGGUCAAUGGAGCCCAUGGGUUUUUCAUCCACCGAGCGGGGUGGAAUGCCAAAGCUUCAACGGUGUUACCAUAAAACAUGGUGAGAGUGAGACAAUGUGAAAGAAGAGAGUUAACCAUUACAGCUAUGUACAAAUCACAUUUAUGUACAGAAGCGUCAUUUUUUUCGUUUUCUUUUUAUAUCGAUGUACUCAUUAAAAGCUAUUAGGUACAGGAUGACUAUGCUAAUCCUUAUAACCAAAAGGAUGUACAAGUUGUAGAUGCAUAUAGAUCGCUGUACAAUCAUAGCUGUUUACAUCAAAUAGUGCACAACUAAGAAGCAAAUUUACAAGCAAGACAUUGUGCUACGAGGAUCAGUGCAUAUGAUUUGUUUUUCUACAAACAUUUGUCUAUUUGUUUUACAACAGGGGCCUGAGAGUCAAGUCCAGUCUCAUCUAAGUGUAAAUCCAAAUUCCCUGCCUUAGAGGAAUGAUACUAUGGAAUGCCGUCCAGCAAACAUGACUUAUAAAUGCCAUUAUUAUGCCAGAAGCCACAAUAGCAACAGUAAGUCAUUACCUCUGAAUUAACAAAAAAGAGUCAGCAUGACAGUAAGUAGAUAUUUUAACAUUCAAUAUGGCAGUUCUGUUAAUCUGUAGCAGUGUCAAACGUGUUCUUUGGUCAUUAGUGUAUCCUACAAACUAUGGAAUGUGUGCAGGUCGUUUGUCCAAGGACCAACUGAUUGAAGAUUGAACAAUAAAUGAUAUUCAGAGAAAAACGAUUGUUGCAUU